CUUUGGGUCCUUCCUGUAGAUGAAGAAAGAUGGCGGCGUCCAUGUUGUGCAGGAGGACAUCGGUGUUGUGUAGAUCUUUAAAAGGAAUUUCAUCUUUAAAAACUGUAAUUUUGUCAAACUCUCAGACUGGGACUUUGAUGCAAACGGCCUCCUAUAACCCAAAGCCUUUGAAGCUGAACCUCCGCGAUCCUUAUAUUCCAGACAAAGACAGUGAGAAGACGCCGGAGUGGCAGAAGACGGCCAAGUAUGACAGAAAGCUGUUCGGCCGCUACGGCUCCGCUUCGGGCAUCGACCCUGCCUCUCUGUGGCCCAGCCAUGAGCAGCUGGAUCAGAUCAUUGAAGAGGAGAAAGAGUGGCACCCCACUUUAGAAGUACUGCUGGCAAACAUCGAGGCCAAAGAGAAAGAAGAAACUGAAAAACGGCUGGCAAAGUGAGUAACAUUUGAGCAACCAUGGCGAGUGCGUCAAUUAUCGGACAGUGUCCUAUUAAGAAAACAUGGUCUUUACUUACACAACUGGGAAUGGUUUUAGCAAUUAAAGAAAAUAAAUAAUGAAUAAAAUUAGAUCUAUUUUGUUCUAUUUGCAUGUUUUAUCACUGUUUACACACAUUCAUACGUGCACCAAUGUAAUUCGCUAAUAAUAAUAAUAACAACAAUCAUUUCAUAAGAAAAGUUGCAGACAGACACAUUUGGGUAGAUUCAAACAAUUUACGAUUCGUCUCAAAUAUUUUGUAUUUGAACUUUCUAUCAAAUUAUUUCACUCAUGGUGUGGGCAACACCGUUUGAGCUUGUUGGUUACACAGUCACCUUUAAGUCCUUAAAAAGUGCACAAGUGCAACUCUUAAAAUUGAUAUAGGGGAGAGUGGGGUAAGUUGAGCCACCCCCUGUUGCUUGGAAAUGGUAAAAUAUAUUGAUCAUUCUGUUAGUUUGGAGGGAUGCAAAACAUCUUGAAAUAUAUGCAGAUACACUAGUUAGAGACAAAAUUAUGACUGUCUUGAUGUAGUGAUCCUAAAUAAUGACUCAUCUUACCCCACUCUUCUUUACAUAGUGACAGAGAGUGGCAUACACAACUUUUAUAUUUUCUUUAUCAUGUUUUACUACAUUAUUUUGCUGAUGUUUCCUUUAUUUGGUCAUUUAUAAACCAGAUAAGAGGGACUGAGGGGCAAGUCAGGGAAAAAAACAAGACAACUAGUCACCAUUUGAGGCAAAAACAACCAUUUGUUUGCUAAUCUGUGUGUACAACUAGCAAAAACAUAUGUACCGACUGUACAGUGCUUUAUAUGUGUCACAUUUAUAUUUUCUAUCAUCACUACAGGGAGAAACUCAUAGCAGACAACAUGGCCAAAAUGCCAAAGAUGAUUGCUGACUGGCGCAGAGAGAAGCGUGAAGCCAAGCGAAAGCUGAAGGAGGAGAAAGCUGAACGUGAGAAGAUACUGGUCGAAGCCAGGGAGCGUUUUGGCUAUGCCAUCGACCCCCGUAGCCCUAAGUUCUUGGAAAUGGUUAAGGAAAUUGAAAAGGAAAGGAGGAAGCAACAAAAACUAUUGAAACGCAGACAGAAAUUGCAGGAGGCAACGGGUGCCGUCACACCUCCCGCUGCCUCCUCAUCGUGAAGGACUGCGCAACUCAAAUGUUAAUUUUUGUUUGGAUUUACUCUUUAUUGAAAAAGAUGGCAGGUGUUUUGCAGAGCACACUUCAGAGAGACUGUUUAGAAAGAGAAUCUGUAUAUUAAAUUCUUGUUUAUGUUAUGAGAGCAACUGUAAGGACCCUAAUCAAGAAAUACUUUUUUUUUUUCAAAAAAGAAAAAAAAAAAAUGACCCUCUGAUGUUUGCCCUGUUGAUCAAGCAGAAGUAAAAUUUCCGUAACCUCUGUAUUUGUGUUGGCAAGUCUUUUGUAAACUAAUGUCUGUGACUGUCUUUACCGCUUUAAAAAAUAAACUAACUUUACAUGAUGUACAGAUUCAUGCAAGUCAUGAAGAAAACAAGUAUAAAAC